AGCGCAUAUCCCUUGUUUCGGGCUAUUGAUCGUAAGGCUCGGGAAUUAGUUUUAUCCUUGUUGCCUCGACCCAAUCAGACCUAUUUCCGUAAAGCCCGCAUAGCCCCCAAUGAAGCGCUUCGUCAAGUACCGCGUGCGCAAACAACGUACAACAGGACGAAGCCCACUCAUGUUCAUCGCUCCUUUGUUGGUCCUCUCAUCAGGGAUAUGUGGUAUUUAACACGGAGACUCCAAGUUCCUUCGCUCCCGCGUUCAAGUUUCUUAUCCAUAUAUUCCCCUGCGGGAAAAGUGUGCUAUCGCCUCGCAUCUAAAGGCAACAUGGCGCCCCCCAGAAUCCUCAUUGUUGGUUGUGGCAUUGCUGGCCCAACGCUGGCAUCGUUCCUGCUUCUGGCCGACAUCCCCGCCGCCCAGAAGCCUCGCAUUACCAUUCUGGAGCGCGAGUCUACGCGCAACGCUCAUCUGCGCGGCCAGAAUAUUGACAUUCGCGGCGCGGGUGUAGCCAUCAUUCGCAAGCUUGGACUCGAGACACAAAUUCGUGCUUCUACUACUGGAGAAGAAGGCGUUCAGCUCGUCGAUGAGAACAAUCAUGUCUGGUCACAGAACCGCGCGGAUAAGAGCGGAGAGAUACAGACACCAACGAGCGACAUUGAGAUCCUCAGAGGUAGACUGGCUGAACUGUGUUGGAAGAACAGCCAGCGUAUCAGCACUGAAGCCGAGCGUGAAGGCGCCAAUGGUAUCGUGUACAUAUUUGGAGAUUAUCUCGACGAGAUCAAACAGGAUGACAACCAGGUGCAUGUACACUUCGCCAAAAGUGGAGAGACGAGAAGCUUCGACCUUCUAGUUGGAGCCGAUGGUAUGCAGAGUCGGACACGGAGGACAGUCUGGGGCGAGGAAGGUGAGAAGGACCGAUUGAAGCGGAUAGGAAUGUUUGCUGGCUUCUUCAGUAUCCCACGAGAGGAACAUGAUGGCAAGUGGAGACGGUGGUUCCACGCCCCUGGUCGACGUGGCAUCAUGUUGCGACCAGAUAGCCUCGGCGUGAGGUCCACUAUCUUCAUGUAUGUGGUGAAUGAAAAGGACCCGAGGUUUGUUGAAGUUGAGACGAAAGGAAACAACGGUGCCGAAGCCCAGAAGGCACUCUUGGAGGAAUACUUCAAAGACGCCGGUUGGGAGUGUGACAGAAUCAUCCGGGAGAUGAAAGCGACCGAUGAUUUUUACUACAACGCCCUCUCUCAGGUGAAAAUGGACAGCUGGACAAGAGGAAGGGUGGUGCUCCUGGGUGAUGCAGGGUAUUGCCCCUCUCCCAUCUCCGGCCUAGGCACAACCGUGGCUUUCAGCGCUGCCUACAAGCUAGCAGGGUACAUCCAGGGGUAUAUCAAGGGAGAAGAGCCGGACCCUUUCGCUGCUCUUGCGAAGUACAACGAGCAAAUGAGACCUAUCGUCAAAGAGUGCCAGGAGCUCGCACCUGGCCAGCCGUAUAUUAUCAAUCCCGAGACCGCUUGGGGCGUCUGGGUGAUGCGAGUGCUCAUCCGGUCAUUAUCAUACACCAGAAUCAUCUUCAUUCUGGUCAAAUUCUUGGGGAGAAUUCUCCAUCUCGGACCUCAAGCAGCGGAUUACGUCAAAGUUGAAGACUUUGGCUUUAAAGAGAUGUCCGAAUGGGGGAAGGAGAAUACUGAAAAGCGGAGUUAAGGAGUGGAGUUUAUACUUUGAUUCUACCGGUCGGUUUAAGAAAUAUCCCUAAUUCAGUCUAUUAUUCAAGACGGAGAUCUUGGCUAUAGCUACUACAUCAAUGCGAAUAAUUCAGUGAAAACAAUAGCCGUGUUAGAGGACUUUCAAAAAGACCAGCUUCUAGAAUUUAAG